GAUUUAUACUGUUCCUUCGCUUAAGCUUAAUUUGCUUUCAUUUUGAAUAUAUUCAAUCAGUUUCUGGAAGUUCUUCAGCUUUGACUACCUAAAACAUCAACCAAUUGCUUCUCAAAUCCGUCUUUCCUUCACAAAAUCUCUCCAAUCUCUUGCAUUUCCGUCAUGGAAGUCCUGUUCCACUCUUCAGAUUUCCUUCUCCCUUCUCCUUCUUCUUCACCGCCCAACCACCGCCGUUCUUCAACCUACGCCCUUGUUCUGCUCAAUCAACGCCUCCCCAAAUUCACCCCCUUGCUCUGGAAGCACGCACAACUUCGUCUGUGUGCCGACGGAGGCGCCAAUCGUGUAUUUGAUGAUUUGCCUUUGAUGUUUCCUCAUCUAGAUGCUUUGGAUGUUCGUAAUAGGUUUGGUUUGCUAGUGUCUUUUUCUUCUGUUUUGUUAUACUACAAGCCAGAUGUUAUUAGAGGAGACAUGGAUUCAAUUCGGACAGAAGUACUAGAAUUUUAUGCUAAGCAAGGAACCAAGAUAUUUGAUGAAUCUGAAGAUCAGGAUACCACAGAUCUUCAUAAAUGUGUUGCAUAUAUUCUUCAAUCUAUUCCAAAUCAGGAGUCUAAUCUGUGUAUACUUGUUGCUGGAGCUCUGGGUGGACGGUUUGAUCAUGAGAUAGGAAACAUUAAUGUUCUAUGCCGUUUCUCAACCACUCGCAUAAUACUUCUGUCUGAUGAUUGUCUUAUUCAUCUUCUGCCAAGGACUCAUCACCAUGAAAUCCUUAUUCAUUCAUCUGUAGAGGGGCCACAUUGCGGUCUCAUUCCAAUUGGAAUGCCUUCUGGAAGCACGACAACCACUGGUCUUCAAUGGGAUUUGAGUGACACGGAGAUGAAGUUUGGGGGUCUAAUUAGCACAUCAAAUAUAGUUAAAGAAGAGAAGGUAACAGUGCAAUCUGACUCCGAUCUUCUCUGGACGAUCUCAUUAAAAAGCCAAAAUUAGCAAAAGCUUCAAUUAAUUUUCAGCAUUAGGUAAUGGAAUCUUCUUUCUCCAUUUGAAAUAAGAAUAAUUUUGAAGAUUUACCCCCCUUCACAUCUCUAGUAGAUUUUAUAGUAUUUGAGUUUCAAUUAGAUUCAUUUGGCAUGUACUUAAAUUUCAUUUUUAUUUGAGUAGGAAGCGUGUUUGCAAAUGGGUAAAGUUUCUUUUUCUCUUUACUUGUGAUUUUGGAGGUCAGUGCCACUAUAUAUGUCAAUUGUAUUUUGUAACACCUAAUAAUACUCUCUUUAUUUGUUGAGAGCUAAAGUAUACUUUAUCAGCAAUGACAUUUGAUUUGUAUA